AUGACCACAUCUCGACCCACAGACGAAGCCUUGCCACUAUCGUCGUCGCCCGAGUCGUCCUCGAGCAGCGGAUCGGUGCUAUCGUCGACGGCGUCGAACAACCGCUCCCCGUCAUCGUCGCCACCAUCCUCGCGCGGCCACGAGUGCCAUGACAGUUGCAACACCCGUCCCAUAGCUUCAACGUCCAAGUUAACCCUCGACUGUACUAGCUACGGUUACGGCGAUGUGACCGCGUUCGACAAGCAACGCGCAGACGAGUAUCCCAAUCUCAAAGGUGAGCUCGUGACCUCACCAGCCUAGACCACAGUGCUCACCUACCCCAAUCCAUCAACCACAGGCACGCACUACCUCGACUGUGCCGCCUCGCCUCCCGUUGCACCCGCAUCCGUACUCGCAUUCCAUGCAUCCCUCACCAGGACCUUGUAUGCGAACCCCCACUCGCGAUCGACGGCCUCCGUGCAGACCGACAUCGACAUCGCCCGCAUGAGGACCCGCGUCCUAUCCCAUCUCUUUGGUCUCGAGGAUGCGCAGCAGAGUCAAGAUUGGGAUGUCGUCUGGACAAGUGGCACCACAGCCGCCAUCAAGCUUGUUGCGAACGCAUGGGAUUGGAAGCGGGAGAGAGCGAGCUUGGCCUAUCUGACACGGUCACACACCAGGUAUUUCAUCGCAGAGUCGACCUGUCUCGCGCAACCAAUUGCUGACCGCUAGCACAUUCCUCCUGUCGCUAGUCUCGUCGGCAUGCGGGGGGUGGCGACUUCACAAGGGGCUUCAGUCUCGUGCCUCGAUUCGGCCAGAGACCUCAUCAACUCGGACGCCGCUCUGAUCGCGUACCCAGCGCAAUGUAACGCAACGGGGUCCCGUAUUGGUCUUGACCUGGCACGCCGCAUCAAAAGGCGCUCUCCAAAGACGUCUGUCCUUGUGGAUGCUGCCGCGUAUCUCUCGACGUCGGUUCUUGAUCUCGGCUCGAUCCCCCUUGAAGAGGCGCCCGAUUUUGUGGCGUGCUCGUUCUACAAAUGUUUCGUGAGUUCCCGGGAUUCUACGGAGGAAAUAAUUCAGUCCAUAGUCUAAUCUAUGACUAUGUUUGUCCAGGGUUGGCCGACUGGACUAGGAGCAUUGAUCGUCAAGCGAAGCUCGGCUCACUUGCUCCAGUCGGACCCCUAUUUCGGAGGGGGAUCCAUCUCGUCCCUCUCGGUGUCCUCCCCCGCAUGGGUUCAUCCCCGUGGGUCAUCAGGAGCCUCCAACCCAACCUGCCAUGAACGACUCGAGGCUGGUACUCUACCGUUCCUCGACAUCAUCGCUCUAGGGCACUCGAUGGACACCCACACCCGACUCUACGGGUCCCAUCAACGUGUUUCGGCGCAUGCUCUGGCCUUGACCGACUAUGCGCAGUCCAGACUUGGACAACUGAAGCAUGCGAAUGGUUCUCAAGUCGUUUUGAUCCACGACAACGAUUCGUACGAACGAUCGGGCCCCACCAUCGGCUUCACGCUCUACGACGCCGCGGGUUCGCCUGUCGGUCAUGUGCACUUGGAUCGACUCGCCACCAUAAAUGGCUUCCAACUCCGGACAGGAGGGCUGUGUAAUACGGGUGUAUGGACACGAGCGUUCGGAUACACCGACCAAGACUUGUUGCGCUUGCAUGAAAAAGGGCGAGCGUGCUGGGACGACGAAGAAUUCGAUGACGAGGGUCGACCCCUGGGUGUGGCUAGGAUCUCCUUUGGCGCAAGUUCGAGUCGGGAGGACGUCGAUCUUCUCGUCGAUUUUAUUGAGCGCUUCUUUGUAGAGAGUUGGGAAGAGAUGAUGUUGGUCAGAGCGAGGACGCCGCUCGUCGAGGAGGGUCAAUCGCAGAUGAGGUUGGGCACCAUGACGGUCUGCAAGUUUUUUUCCCUCCCACCAAAUCCCAAUGCUGGCCUUUCUGACCCUAAUCUGCAUUUAUACAGACCCAAUCAAAUCCUGCGGAGGUCAGCACAUACCUGAGGGAUUCUCGUGGCCCCUGUCCACGACAGGGCUGGAGCACGACCGAGAAUGGAUGCUAGUCGAUGCAGGGACCGGUCGAGCCCUAUCGCAGAAGCGUUACCCUCGUAUGGUCCUCAUCCGACCCCGCAUCGACCUCAUCACCCGUCGACUCCACAUCACCGCAGCCGACAUGCCGGCUCUCGACUUGCCUCUCGACGAACCGACCUGCGAUGCCUCGACUCGAGAAGCUCAACUGUGCGGUGAUCUCGUAUCGACACAGCAUGUCGACACUGAUCUCGACCGAUGGUUCUCAACCUUUCUCGGCCUCGAAUGUCAACUACGUCGAUUCCCGUCAGGCUCGACGACGUCUUCACGACAUGCGCAUUUCGAAGGACCACCUCGACCCCUCUUGCUUUCCAACGAAUCGCCUUUCCUCCUCAUCAGCUCCUCUUCCACGAAACGAGUGAGCGACUGGAUCUUGGACGAAUCGAGCCACUCGUCGACCUCCCUCACCCCGAUCUCAUCAGCUUGUUUCAGAGCCAACUUUGAGCUCACCACCUCGAACGCCGACCCCACCCGCGCUGAUGACGAGGACGUCGACCUACCACCUUUCUUCGAAGACUCGAUCGACCUCCUCCGUAUCGGGGACGAAUUCUUUCAAGCUCUAGGGGCAUGUAGGCGAUGUUUGAUGAUUGGCGUCAAUCAAGAGACGGGGAUCAAGACGAACGAACCUUUCAAUGCGUUGGCGAGGAGGAGGAAAUCGAUCAAGGGGAGGAUCGAAUUUGGUGAGUUAGUCAAGACGUUUAAGAUGAGGUUGAUCAGGAUCCUGACGAACUGUUGCUUGAGUAGGCACGCAUAUGAUUUGGAGGAAGGAUCUAAGUCGAAGUCCCCAGGGCGUCCGGCCUUCGAUCAAGGUUGGGGACCUCGUCAGUCUGACGACGCAGGAUGUAUGA